GCAGGGCUGGGUGUAGUACCCUGAUCUACUCCUCCCUCACUGCUUGUAUAAAAUAAGGCAUCUGGGUGGUAUUAGUGCUUGAUCACAGGGAGUUAUUCUCCUACUUUGUUCUGCUCGCCCAUCUUACUGACUGCAGCCAUGUUUGUUUCUCCUCCUGGCUAUCAGCCAAUCUAUAGCCCGCUGAGGGAAGGGAUGUCCAUCUAUAUCCAGGGGACCAUUCCUAAGCACAUCACCAGGUUUUUUAUCAACCUGAUUUGCGGAGAAUAUGAAUCCAGCGACAUUGCCCUACACUUCAACCCUCGAUUUGAUGGCUGGGACAAGGUGGUCUUCAACACCUGUCAGAAUGGAUCCUGGGGAUUAGAGGAGAAGAUUCACAGGAUGCCUUUUCGAAAAGGAGAGCAUUUUGAAAUGGUCGUCAUUGUUAAUUUUCAGGGCUAUCAGAUUAAAGUAAAUGGGAUUGAUUUCCAUACUUUUCAACACCGCAUUCCUAUGGAGCAAGUUCGUGGGCUGCAGAUUGCAGGAGAUGUUUCCAUCCAGAUGAUUAAUUUUAUUGGGGUGAGUCCUCAGCUCCGUGAAUCUUCCGCAUUGAUGCUUCGGGCUUUGCUGGGGAAAGGUAUGAGUGGGCAGCCAGUCUACAACCCUCCUGUGCCCUACUCCAACAUCAUCCCAGGAGGGAUGUUCCCUAAGAGGACCAUCGUCAUCAGAGGCAUGGUUCCCUAUGGAGCACACAAAUUAAGCAUCAAGUUUUUGGUGAGCAGAUCUCGAGAUGUCGCUUUCCACAUCUAUCCGAGAUUCAGGGAAGGAAUUGUUGUAAGAAACAGUAUGAUUGGAGGAAACUGGGGCCAGGAGGAGAGAGAAAUGAGCAUGAAUCCAUUUAUGGAGGGCCAGUACUUUGAU